CAGUUUUUCUCGGCACAAGAGCGCCUGUUCGAAUUGCCUUGUGUGUCUGCGACAGUCGAGAUGCCACCCCAGCCGAGCGGUAAAGCGAUCAAGAAGGCCGGCAAGGCUCAGAAGGCCGUGCGCGCUACCGACAAGAAGAAAAAGAAGCGCAGGAGGAAGGAGAGCUUCAGCAUCUACAUUUACAAGGUUCUCAAGCAGGUACACCCUGACACCGGCGUGUCGAGCAAGGCGAUGUCGAUCAUGAACAGCUUUGUCAACGACAUCUUCGAACGCAUCGCUGCCGAGGCGUCGCGGCUGGCGCACUACAACAAGCGGUCCACCAUCACCAGCCGCGAAGUGCAGACCGCCGUUCGCCUGUUGCUACCUGGAGAGCUCGCCAAGCACGCGGUCUCCGAAGGCACGAAGGCCGUCACGAAGUACACUUCCUCCAAGUAAAAGAUGUGGACUAUUUAUUUUUUUUCUUCCUCAUCUUUACCCAGAGUGUCGGAGAACUCGUUAAUCACCAAAGCCCGCGGAGUGCUGAGUUUGCUGUUCCACUCAACGUGAACUUUUUUUUUUUUUUUUUUUCAUGUGCAUUCCGCCUUCACCGCAAGCCGCGCCUCCGGGGGCUCCGAACAUCUUGUCAUCCAUCAUGUUUUAACCUUCGUCGUGUGAUGGAAAAAAAAAAAAAACUGUCUAGUACUUCUGAGUGUUGUGAUGCGUGAAUAAACAAAAUUCUUCGUCACCGUG